AUGACCUCAUCUGUCAAUAACAUGGCAGAAGCUAGCAGUGCGUACGCAGGUUUUAGAGUUAGCACCGAUUCAACUCAGCACUCAGACGACGAUGAUGAGUUUCUUUCAAGUGCGAGUACGACCUCCGAGGUGGGACAAGAGCAUUUUGUGGAGUACAAGCAACCUGCGUUAGAAUCCAUAAGUGACCAACAGGGGACCCUGUGUAACUCAGCAGCACCAUGUACGAAAACCUUACAGGCUCAGGAAGUCGAAACCUCCGAAGUGAAACCGGUAGAAAAUAGGUCCGUAUACGAUGGCAAAGCUAUGGGUGGUACCAGACGGCCUCUGCACUUGCUUGACCUACCCAUGGAUAUAUUGCAGGUAAUCAUUAAAGAAGUGACGCAUACCAACGACCUGACCUCGCUAGCUCUGACAUGUUUCAGUCUGCAUGCUUUGGCCAUUCCUCAAAUGUAUUCUCGGUUUGAUAUCGUAUGGCCAGAGCCAAUGUCACCAUCUGUCCAUCCCACAGGUGUCGAUGCUCUUUCAUAUGGAUUGGCAACACUAGUAAUGGGCGAAGAUGUUUUCCACGAGCUUCCUCCACCCCACCGUCCCGUUGCGCCCUGUCAUCACUGCGGCUGUAGCGCCCAGCAUGUUCAUCAAGGCUCCCGACUUGAGACAGACGGUAUACGGAGGAUACGUCGAGGGAACCACUAUGCACAAUAUACGCGCAAAUUUUCUGUGGGAAAUGGACCGCCGGAGUGUGUCCAAGAGUACUCUGUGACGAAAGAAACAGGCAAAAUGCUGGGAACGUUGGUAGCGUUGGCUAUCGCUCGCAUGGUAAACCUAGAGUCUUUCAUCUGGGAUAUGCCGACUGGGGUUUUGCGGGACGUUUGGAUAGCGCUAUCAUCUCUAGCAGACCGACCGGGACAUGAAUGCCGUCUAGAACGUGUUUGGGUUCGUUGGCACGAUAACUCCAUGAUACGUAUGGUUCGGACACCAUCAGACAUGACACUCCCAGGCAUGCCGUCUCCCUUUAUCUCUACAUCUGCUAGGUCAACGCGUCUACAAAAUUACGCCCAUGUAGAGUAUCCUACUCUUUCAAUCUUACCCCCGCUGAAGAGUUUAAGCGUUCUCGAUAUAGAUGAGUCGUCAUAUCUCGAGGAAAUGGCUGUACUCAUCGAGCGCUCGCGAGAGCGCUUAAAAGAACUGCGCAUCGGGAUUUCCUCGAGAGUAUAUCAGUACAAUUGGCUGAAAGCAUUAGGAGGCUGGUCUCCUGUGCAACAAGACACGUCCAACCCUGUGGUGUCCGGUUGGCCUAAAGUCGGCGGUGUACUCGGCGUCCUCCUGGGUAAUCCCCACACUCAAUUUCCCUUUGAACUAGCAGCCGAUCAGCCUUCCUCGAAAGAGGCGCAACCGGAUCAGCAUGACGGUCACCAGGGGCCCAACAGGUCGGUUCCGCCAACUGGGGAUGUUGCUAGCAACGGCUCUUCUACUGGACAUUCGACCACACAACUUUCGGAUUCGGUACCUCUAGAGCACUCUCCCAAAACCACUGGCGCUCCUAGGAUCGAUUGUGCAACAUCGCCCCAAGCGACCGAGGAGCCAAAUUCCACCCAACUAUCGAGACUCGGAGAUCUACCAGAACCAUCAAACAAGUGUUUGGGCGUCAACAGGCCCGUUGCAUCCGCCUCGAUGAUAAGCCCUAAGUCUGAUAGGCUGAAGUUGGAGGUCUUUGAACUAGAGCGCGUCUGUUUGUCCAUCCCAGUCAUGAUGCAUGCACUAGACUGGCCCCGGAUUACAACACUCACAAUACUUCGCUGCGAUGGCCACGAAAAGCUCUGGAGAGCGCUCCGUCGCCAAUUUUCUCCAUCCGCUGCUCUGCGCAGCAGUCCAACGCCAGAAAAUAAAGAUGUAAAUAGCUCCUCGUCGGAGUACUCUCUAAAGCUCAAGCAUAUUCACACAGAUGCUGUGUCCCCAUACCUGCUACUCUUUAUCAAGGAUGCCAUUGCGCCCAAUACACUGGAAACCUUAUUUUUGCAUGAGGCUCCUAUGUACGACUCUAUCGUUCAUGUUGACGCAAUCUAUAGAAAUGUGAUCCGUAACCAUCGAACGAGUUUGAAACAUCUCUUAGUUGAUAGCACAGAGCGGUCACCUGGUGGGCUUGAGAUCAGCACAAACCGCUGGCGCAAAUGGAUGUUCACCCGGGAAAUGAUAUCCUUCAUUACCAGCGGCCGUAUGCCACGGCUGCGCGAACUAUCGAUGACGAUGCAUUCCAAGGACUGGCAUUACUUUCUCCAGAGGCUCCCCAAUAUGCCCCAGUUACGUGCCCUUCAUAUUCCUCACAUAACCAAUCCGAUUCAUCGAGACCCGAAGGAACUCGCAUUGCAGAUCCUUGAUAUUGUUACAAUUCGCCCCGAAGUUGGGAUAAGCUACAUUGGAAUGAUCAACAAGUGCUAUGAAAUCCUCGAGGGCAAGCACGGUGAGAAAGACGACUUCGAUGAUGCGGACGACAGCCACAGCGAGGGUUUUGUCCCAGGCAGUGAUGACUGGGCACCGUCCGACACGGAGGAUGACGAUUCGGAUGAUGGCGGCGCUGGGAGCGCCAUGGAGUCGAACUCGGAGCUAUCGUCAGACGACCACAGUUCAUCAGAUGGAUACGAUUCUGAUCUCGAAAGCAGCAAAUCGCGCGUGGCUUUUCGGCUACGUGAAAUACUAUUUUAUGAUGACAAGAUCUCCAUCUUCAAGGCACGACAUGGAGUUCUAUGA